AUGACGAUGGCGGCAGUUCCAACGCCACCAGCUGCUACCGUCCCACCACCACCGCCAGCUGCUACCGUCCCACCGCCGCCACCAGCUGCUACCGUCCCACCGCCGCCACCAGCUGCUACCGUCCCGCCACCACCACCAGCUGCUACCGUCCCACCACAGCCUGCAGCGAAGGUUCCAGCAUCGUCAGGCACAUUCCAAGUAACUCUGAGCAAUAGUUACCAGCCGGUACUGCCACCUGUUCCACCAAUGGUAUCAUCUGCAGCAACUCCCAUGACAGCUCUCCCAGUUGUUCCGUCAGGGCCGCCGCUGCUGCAGUCGUCAGCGUCCGUUCCCCCGCCGGUUGUCGGUGCAGUACUGCCCCAGGUCUCUAUGCCAACAGCAGCGCCUCCGGCGCCAGUUUCUGUGCCGACAGCCACCACGGCGCCCGGGAAUGUUCUGGUGGCUGCUGCAGCAUCGCCAGCUUUUGAUGUGGUGCCCCCACACAUUCCCGUUGUGCCACAUGUCGUGUGGUACAACGAGCAGAUCCAGCACGUCGCGGUGCCGCCUGCCCGUGUAGCCCCAUCCAAGGAUGUGAGAUCGCUUCGGGAGCUUCGUGGCAAAGGAAAUCAAAUGAAGCCCUCCCUUCGAACUUUCGCGAAUCGUUACUUGUGGCAGCCGGCGCCUUCAGCAGAAAUCACGGCGCGUGAGCCGUGGCGCGGUGUUUACUGGCAACAUGUGGACGUGCACCGGUACAUUGCAAGGCGGUACUGCGGCAACCCACCACCAAUAGAGUAG